GGUACUUAGAUUUCUCAAGUAGAGUGUUAUGGAAGUUUCUCACGAGGAUCAUCUUUCUAUAGAAUUAAAAAAGUAGUUUUUUCUUAAAUUAUUUCUCUGUAAAUUUGAGAUUUGUCUUUAUCAGGGAUAGAAGAAUAGUUAAUGUUUAGAAAUGCCGUCAGGCCAACCUUUACCACCCAAAGAAAACUCUCUAUUUAAACGGAUUUUAAGAUGUUACGAACAGAAACAAUACAAAAAUGGAUUGAAAUUUGCCAAACAAAUUCUUUCAAAUCCAAAAUAUUCAGAACAUGGAGAAACUUUGGCUAUGAAAGGACUUACUCUAAAUUUUUUGGGUCGUAAAGAAGAAGCUUAUGAACAUGUUCGACGUGGCCUUCGAAAUGAUCUUACUUCACAUGUAUGUUGGCAUGUGUAUGGGUUAUUACAAAGAUCUGAUAAAAAGUACGAUGAAGCAAUUAAAUGCUAUAGAAAUGCUCUAAAAUGGGAAAAAGAUAAUAUUCAAAUUUUAAGAGAUUUAUCAUUACUGCAAAUACAGAUGAGAGAUUUAGAAGGUUAUCGAGAUACAAGAUAUCAAUUAUUUAUAUUAAGACCUACUCAAAGAGCAUCUUGGAUAGGUUAUGCUAUGGCAUACCAUCUUUUAAAUGAUUUUGAUAUGGCUUUGAAAAUUCUUGAAACAUUCAGAAAAACACAAAUGGGUUCUGCACCCUUUGAUUUUGAGUAUAGCGAACUUCUCUUAUACCAAAAUAUGGUUUUACAAGAGUCUGGUGGCACAAUGGAUGCAAUAAAACACCUAGAUACCUACAAAGAAAAUAUUUUUGAUAAAUUAACAGUUUUAGAGAUUUAUGGAUCUUUGUACUUACAAAUAGGAGAAUAUCAGUUAGCAACAUUAUGUUAUGAAAAAUUACUCAAGAGAAAUCAAGAAAAUACUCUUUAUUACUUAAAAAUUAAGGAAGCUAAACAAUUGGAAAAUGAUGAAAGUGUUUAUUUAAUGCUCUGUGAUUAUAGGCAAAAGUUUCCUAAAGCUCUAGCACCUAAACGGUUAUGUUUAACUUUUGCUUCGGGUAAUUCAUUCCGAAGUGAAGUUGAUUCCUAUUUAAGAGCAGGUUUUCAUAAAGGUGUUCCGCCACUUUUUGUAGAUUUACGUUCUUUAUAUAAAGAUAAAAUUAAAGUACAAAUAAUUACCAGUUUAUUGGAGUCUUAUGUAAAUAAUUUAACUAAGUUUAAUUCUUUUGAUAGUGAUGAAACAGCAGUAAAAGAACCAGCUUCUGCAUUGCUUUGGGUAUACCAUUAUCUAGCUCAACAUUAUGAUUACCUCAAUGAUAUGCAAAAAGCAUUGACUUAUAUUGACAUGGCCAUUACGCAUACUCCCACAUUAAUUGAAUUAUUUGUUACUAAAGGAAGAAUUUUUAAGCACGCAGGUGAUGUGUAUGAAGCUUACAAAUGGUUAGAUGAAGCACAAGGACUGGACACAGCUGACAGAUAUAUUAACUCUAAAUGUGCAAAAUACAUGCUUCGUGCAAAUCUAAUUAAAGAAGCAGAAGAUACAUGUUCUAAGUUUACUAGAGAAGGAGUAUCGCCUAUGGAAAAUCUUAAUGAAAUGCAAUGUAUGUGGUUCCAAACAGAAUGUGCAUUAUCUUAUCAAAGACUUGGAAAGUGGGGUGAAAGUUUGAAAAAAUGUCAUGAAGUAGAUAGGCAUUUUACUGAAAUCAUCGAUGAUCAAUUUGAUUUUCAUACAUAUUGUAUGCGUAAAAUGACAUUACGGUCUUAUGUGAGCUUAUUGCGGUUAGAGGAUGUUUUGCGGUCACAUCCAUUCUAUUUUAGAGUUGCUAGAUGUGCAAUUCAAGUUUACUUACAUUUACAUGACAAACCGCCGACUGAUUCAUCAUCUAAUAACGAAUUAGAUACAGGAAAUUUGGCUCCUGGACAAUUAAAAAAAAUGUUAAAUAAACAACGAAAAGCGCAGAGGAAAGCCCAAGAAGAAAAAGCUCAAGCUCUUGCAGCACAAGAAAAACGAGAUGCGCACAAAAAUCGGCAACAAAUAACUAAUGCCGGCGAUGAUGUAGAUGCGAUGCCUUUGGAUGAGCUGCUUCCUGAAAAAUUAGAGAGAGUCGAAGACCCAUUAGAGCAGGCGAUCAAAUUUUUGAAACCUCUCCAAGAAUUAGCUUCAAAUAAUAUAGAAACGCAUUUAAUGGCGUUUGAAAUAUAUUACAGAAAAGACAAAUUUUUACUGAUGCUUCAAAGCAUAAAACGAUGUCAUCGAAUCAAUCCGGAUCAUCCAAUGUUCCAUAGUUGUCUAAUAAGAUUUAUGGAAAAGUUGUCUAAAUUAGACAAUAUUCAAGAAGAAAUGCAAUUAGUGCUUAAUAAACAAUUAGAGCCAAUAUUAGGUGGAAGAUCAGCAGUUGAAAUUAACAUUGAAUUCCUCGCUAAACAUCAUAAGUCAUUGCCAUCAUUGGUUCAAGGUUUAAAAAUGAAAUAUAAACUGGAUAAUAGUUCUCAACAAGAAGUUCUUUCACAAAUUACUAAGUUAGAUAGUUCAAUGGAAGAUGUCAAUAUUGAAACAUGUACUGAUAUCUUUAAUUCUUUAAAAAAUGGCGAAUUUGGAGAAAUUGGUAAUAUAUCUGAAGAAUACCGAAAAGAAUGUUAUAAAAGAUUUCCUUUAGCAACAGCAUUUCAUACAGAACAUGACCUAUCCCCAAUGGCGUUUUGGUCCAACUCUUAUAAUACAUUAAAUGAGACACAAGAAAAUUGUGUCAGCAAUUGAAAUUGGGCAUGGAUGUUAGAUCAAAAUAUAUUUUUAAUUUUGUUGAAAAAUCUAUUCUUAUUAUUUAUUAUAAUAAGUCUUCAAUAUUAAUACAGGCUUAUUAUAUUAUAGGAAAAACAAUAUUUGAUUUUCACCUUGAUGUCCUGUAAAUAGUUCAAUAUUUCUCAUUUCUAACAUGUUAAUCGACUUAAAGUUGUUUUGACUGAAUAUUUAUAAUUUAUUUUAUUGUUUUGAAAUUGCGUAAUGAAUAUGAAAAAAAAAAACUUUAAUCUAUUUGAAUAUUUUAAGCCCAAAAACAUGUUUCUGUGAUAACAUCUAAUAUGUAAACUUUCUUGUUUUAAGACGACAAUACAGGUUUAUGAAGUAUCAAGUUUUGAAAAAAUCUUUAUAAAUCUGUUAGUAAUAUAUAUUAUUUACUGAGUAA